CGCAAUGACAUCACUUCUGACCUCCCUCAGCACCUCGCCAAGAAAGAGCAGCGAACCUCGACUGGAAGGAUAUUUUUUAAUCUACCUUUGGAAUCAAGGAGCAAAUUAUUUAAAAGAUGGGAAAGUUCCUGUUUGUUGUCGCCGCUGUUCUGGCCUCUUUCAUCGCCGCUGAAUCCCUGGUUUGCAACAAAUGCAGCUUCAGUUUGUUGGGGGUGUGCUUGAACUCAGGCACAGUCACCUGCAGCACCAACACGAGCGUCUGCUUCACCGGAAAAGCAGUUUUCCCAUCCCUCACAUCCUUCUCAGGGUUCAACAACCAGGGCUGCCAGGACACCACCACAGGCUGCAACGUCACCACCUCGGCCUCCCUGCUGGGCGUCACCUACAACACCACAAUCUCCUGCUGCAGCUCAGAGAAGUGCAACCCCGUCACCAUCACUUCUGGAGCUCCAUCCACCAAGAUGGCCUUCACCGCUGCUGCCACUGUUGCCCUCCUGGCCUCCGUGUUCAGCAUGCACUGAUAUCUCCCAGCCUCUUCUGAGACUCUUAUUGUGUAUUUCUAAUAAUUCCAAACUAAA